UUUCAUUGUGUUGUUAUUUGCACGCGGCUUAUGAUCGUUUGUUCAUUAAAUACGACUGAUUUUACGAGUAUUGCAUAACAUUUUAUUAAUUAAUAUCGACAUAAAUAUCGGCAGUUAAUGACAAUAAAUGUCUUCAGUGUUUUGCAAAUGAUGAGUUACUCGUGAAUUGUUGAUAAAACUCGUGUGUUUUUAUUGGAUUAUUUUGAUGCUGAUAAUUGGACUAAGGAAUAGGUAUCCUAUUGAUAAUUCCAAUACUUUCUGUGAUUACCCGAUGAACCAUUUUAGGUGUCUAACGGGCGAACGAAAUGUCCUAGGACAACGAUUUUUUUAUCAGAUUCGGGCGAACGAAUUGUCCUUGGACAACGAUUUUUUCAUCAGAUUCGGGCGAAUGAAAUGUCCUAGGAAAACGAUUUUUUUUAUCAGAUUGUGUCUAGCGGGCGAAGGGAAUGUCCUAGGACAACGAUUCUUUCAUCACAUUGUGUCUAGCGGGCGAUCGGAAUGUCCUAGGACAACGAUUCUUUCAUCACAUUUUGUCUAGCGGGCGAACGGAAUGUCCUAGGACAACGAUUCUUUUAUCAUAUUAUGUCUAGGGGGCGACCGGAAUGUCCUAGGACAACGAUUCUUUCGUCAGAUUGUAAGCGACACACCUAGAUCGCGCUAGUGUCAGCAAUUUAUUUUGUUUUGUUCUGCUACGGUCAGAUGACGCUUUCAUCGAUUUGGUUUAAAUUUAUUCUUAAUUUUUGUGGUUGUUUUUUGUGCACUGAAUUGCGGUGCGUACAUCACUUUUAUACAACUCUUUUAUGUUUAACAACAACUUGCAACAUGAUUGGAAUCGCAUUUCUGCCGUAUGCAUAUAGAAAGAUGCUCCUCCAACUGCGGGUCGGUUAUCAAUCUGUCUUGCUUGUUCGGCUUAGUCGGUUGAGCGCUGUUGCGAGUGCGCACGUGUUUUGUUCAUUAAUCAAACGUGGUGGCACUUUCUCGCGAUUCUUGAUAUUUUGUAGCAUUACUUAAAUCGAUUGACGAUCAGGCGCAUUUAGUAGUAACAGCCCACUGCGGUCAACGAUUGAUUUGAGUAAUUCUAUGCGGAUCGCGCGUCCGUCGGAUAUGUUCCGGUGACUAUGGAUACUUACUGGAGUUAAAUGAAGUUAAAUUUAUGUGUUUGACGUGAAUAAAUUUAGAAUAUCUGCGUGGAAUA